UGUUCAAAUGUUUUUGGAGCUCAACAGAGUCUCAGACUCCUCCUUGCAGUCCACCUCCUGUUGGCCCUCCCCUCGGCUCUCAAAGCUGUUCUGGUUCUCCGGUCCACAUCAGUUCCAUCUGAACCUGGUUACAGCCGCUGGCACGCUGUGGGGUUGGCUGUGUGAUCUUUAAAUGUGUAUGGUUAUUUUUGCACCGAUAUUUGCCAUUUGUGCAUUUGCAACAUGUGGGGGAUACUCUGGCCACCUCCAGGUUAAGGUGGAUUGUGCAGGCAGGAAGCAGAGCAACCUGAGCAUCACUGUCGACUUCGCUUAUCCGUUCAGAUUACACCAAGUGCACUUCAAGGCUCCGUCGUGUGAGGACAGCUCUGGGGAAGUUGUUUUUCUCAAUGGGGACUUCUCCACAGCCGCUCAGUUUUUUCUGACUGUGGGGGUUUUGGCGUUUUUGUACUCACUCCUGGCAACGGUGGUUUACAUCUUCUACCAGAACAAGUACUUGAAGAACAACAGGGGACCUCUUGUGGAUUUUUUUGUCACGGUGGUGUUUUCCUUCAUGUGGAUGGUCAGCAGCUGUUACUGGGCCAAAACUCUCGCCGACUUAAAAACUGCAACCAACCCAACCCAGGUGCUUCUUCUCAUCUCUGCUUGUAAGGCUCCAAAAAACACAUGCUCCGCCACACAGGAGCCCCUCUGGUCCCGUCUCAACACAGCUGCUGUUUUUGGUUUUAUCAAUGUUGUCCUUUGGUCUGGGAAUAUUUGGUUUGUGUUUAAGGAGACGGGUUGGUACAAAACUGGUCAGAGAUACCCCAUCAGGAGUGCUUCUGGGAAACGUUCCAGCGAAAUGCGGCAGCAACUCUACAGUGAGAGCAGCUUUGACCAGCCAGAAGAGAGUUUUGGCCCCUCGCUCCAAGACCCUUUCAGUCCGUCCAAUGGGGAUUUAGAUAAGCAGGUUCACAGACAAGCUAGUGUCAACCACUCACAAGUUAACCUAAGCUUACCACAAACAAACCUUCAUGAAUGAAAGAGCAAACCCAGAGGAUUCUUCAGGACCCAUUCUUUUUCUCAGUGACAUUUGACUAGAGGUUUAAGCGCCAAAUGGCGCCAUUGAGCGCUUGUGAGGGCAAGUUUUACUGCUCAGUUAAAGUAUUAGGUAGUACCUGCAGUUAAAGCAAAACCUACACAAAACAUAUGAACAUUUAACAUCAUGCCAUUUGCAUUAAAGUCCCACUGCAAUCAUCUUUUGAUCUGUUGUUAAAGCCUUCCCAGUGGUCUUUUAAUCAUCAUGAUGCCCAUUUUAACCCAAAUCAAAAACCUGCCAUUUUCUAUCAAUUCAAUUCAAUUGAAUUUUAUUUGUGUAGCCCAGAAUCAAAACAACAGUUGUGUCGAUGGGCUUUGAGGCUUCUAGGACAUAGUUACUGCAGAGCUGCAGGAGUUCAUUAGAAAUGUUGAGUUGUAGGCAACCCUAUUCUAAUUGUAGUGUUUCCAUGGAGCAACCCUGCCCUUACUUCCCAACAUCCAUCUGUGUUCACUCUCGCCCACUAGCUUACAGCCCUUCACACCCCCAACCUAACAUUAGCGAUGCAAGACAAACAGCAGCAGCAUCAUAGCUUUCCCUCCGUCCAGUUCUGAUCCAGAUUCCAGCUCAGACCAGAGAAACAGAGACGUUCAUGGAUCUGUGUGUCUGACAGUGGAUGAUCAGAAUGGAGCAGAGCAGGGGGCUGGUGGUCUGCAGAUUGUAUUUUCUGCAGAAGAACUACCAGCUUUAUCUGUAUUUUCAUCUGCUCCUGAUGCACAAUGAUUUGAUUCAAGAAAUUAUUCAGAAAUGCAAUUUUACGCUCAAAUUUCUGUGAAUAUGUCCUCCAUCAUCAGAAAACAGUAGAAAGAAUCGGAGUGGGUCUAAAAUGACACAUUCAACUUUGUUGGUAAUGUUUCUGAGUCAAGAAUUUUGAUGAACUAUCAUAAAAACACUUUCCAUAAAAGAAAAGAAAACGUUUUCCUUCAUUCCCAAAACAAACAUGCAUAUUGACAUUUUAAUAUUGUAGCUUGAAGCACAAAUAUGUAAAAAAAAUAUAUAUAUACUUUUUAAUGGCUCAAAGUGCAACACUUUAAAUUGUUUGUCAUGUUUUUUAAGCAAUUUGCGUCAUAAAGUAAAAUUGUACACAUCAUUUAAACUCCAUAGAUAGAGAAGAUUCAAUGUUACUGACUCAGACAAUAAUGAUUGUUGAGCAGCAUUGUUGUUUCCUAUGAAUUUGGACCAGGAAAUAGGAAAACAGGCACAUGUUUCUUCUAACAUGUAUGUUGCAUUUGUAAUUGAAAUUGUGUAAUCCAGUGUGUGAACAGUGAAGUGUGAAACCCCGUUCACACCGAACGCAGCACCUCGCCUGGAUUUUUGGCAAGACCGGGUGGCUGCAGGGAGGGGGGAGACCA